AUGACGUCGCACCACCACCGCUCUGGGCCGCUAAAGCAGAAGAAUAAAAAGCACAAGACUGGCCGUCAUGAGUCUAAAACUUUACUUACGCGUCGAUUGGGUGGAAAGGUAGAGAGCCGCCGUGCCAGUGUCCGUAGCAACGGAUCAAGCAUAGGAAGUAUGAGUUUGUCGGGCCAGAAAGUAGCCCGUCUGCAGCGUCAAAAGCAUAUGCGCGACAACAAACGAGAAGAAGUGCUACUGCAGCGCCGGUUUGGACUAGGUGGAGCGUUCGGACCACCAAAGAUCAUUGCCUUGGUGGCGCUUAGCGACUUGGCCAACCUGUCCGAAGUGCAAGAGAGCAUCCUGGACGGUGCAGCAACCGUGGAGGAACCGGAUCAAGAUGGAAUUCGUCUUAAAAACUGCACUGUCGGGAUCUUCAGCCAACACAAACAGAAACUCUGCGUUAUUAAUUGCGGCUGCAAUCUGCUGGUUGCUCUAGACGCAGCUAAAGUGGCCGACAUUGUAGUAUUCGUGCUGUCCGUCCAUAAUGGCGUAGACGGUGGUCUAAGUGAAGAAGGAGUUAGGAUUGUCUCUGCAAUUCGCGCUCAAGGCUUGCCGACCACGGUGGGCGUUAUUCAGGGAUUGGAGAGGCACACAACCAAGAGCCAGUCAGAGCUCAAGAAGUUGGGUAGUAAGUUUUUUGCCUCGGAGUUCGGUGAGAGUGCCAAAGUGACACUGGCGAAUGUUCCUGGUCAAUUGACGCGCGUGUUGAUCACACUUUCACCUAAAAUUAUUCACUGGCGCGAGGCACGCUCGUACAUGCUUGCUACUACUGCCACGUUUGUGCCAGGCACAGAAGCGCAAAAUGAAAAGGGUGAACAGAUUGGUGAACUACAAGUAAAUGGAUACUUGCGCGGCAAACCAUUGUCAGUCAAUCAGCUGAUUCAUAUUACCGACGUGGGCACGUUUCAAUUGAGCCACAUCACCCGUGCUGCCGUACGUCAGGUACAGCGUGUAAAGGCAGACGUUAGCAUGAAUGCCAAACCUUCUAUUGCUUCGAGUGAGAUUGGUCAGAAUGAGGUUUACGUCCUCGCCACGGCCGACCCGGCAUUGCAGGAGGACCUUCGUUUUGAAGCCGAGUACAAUCCAUUUGCAUCAGAACAGACUUGGCCUACAAGCGACGAGAUUGCCGAGGCGGAAAAUGAAGCGAAGAAGCAACGAGAAGCGACGGCUACGGCCAACAAAGGUGCAUCGGGAUACCAGGCUGUCUGGCUCGAUGGUGAAGAUGAGGGUGACGAGAUGAAGGACGGUCAGGAAGAAGAGGAUGCUGCUGUGAAUCAAGACUUUUGCAAGACUAGCGAAAAUGAUGAUGAUGAUGAUGAUGACAUGUUUAUGGUGGACGAUGACGAAGUUGACCAGGUGCAGAAGCGCAACGAUGAUAAGGAUAAUAUGACAUUUCCGGAUGAAGUCGAUGUGCCCGUUGAUCAACCUGCACGCGUGCGUUUUGCUCGUUACCGCGGCAUGAAGUCGUUGCGUACGAGCGCAUGGGACCCGAUGGAGUCCCUUCCGGCAGAUUAUGCGCGUCUAUUUCAAUUCGAAGAUUUUGCCAUGGUCCAGCGUCUUGCCCUUGCGCGUGGCAAAGAAGCUGAGCGUGCCAUGAAGGAUCAGUUACGUCGCAAGUCUAGGACUCUGCAUACGCGGUCCCGUGCUUCAUCAAUGAAAAUGGAAGAUGUAAAUGAUACUGCUUCCGUAGCGUCGUCGUCUAUUGUGAGCGAGCCAUUGCCAACCGAAUUUGGCGUACGAGGAUACGUGCCAUCCGGAGUCUAUGUCACGCUGCAUUUUAAGUCUGUUUUUGUGGGAAAGCUACAGACGCGUAUCCAGGCUGGUCCGCUUGUCAUGGGUGCAUUGCUCAAGCAUGAGAACCGCUUGAGUGUGCUCAAUUUUACUGUGCAGCGUGCGUCAUCGUUUGCAGGGGAGACACUCAAGUCCAAAGACGAAUUGUCCUUUCACUGUGGCUUUCGACGAUUUUCAGGUAGACCUGUAUUUAGUGACCAGAGCUUGAAAAGCGAUCAGCACCUUUUCCAGCGAUUCUUACCGCAAACUGGCUGGAGCGUAGCUACCGUGUACGGCCCUGUGACAUUCCAGCCUGCUUCAUUGCUGCUGUUCAAGCCAGAUGGCCAGCUCGUAGCUUCUGGCACAUUAAAAAACGUCAACUCGAAUCGUGUUGUGCUCAAGCGUGUCAUUAUAACAGGCACACCAGUCAAAGUCAAAAAACGGAAAGCUGUUGUAAGGUACAUGUUUCACUCACCUGAGGAUGUCCGGUGGUUCAAACCAGUCGAACUGACGACUAAGCACGGGCUCACAGGCCACAUCAAGGAGUCAUUGGGAACGCAUGGGGAUCUCAAAGCGGUUUUCAACAAGCCCAUUAAACAGCAUGACACUGUAUGUCUCCACUUGUAUAAACGUGUCUACCCAAAGUUCCCGACGCUGAACCCUCUAUCAAACUGA